CACAAUAAAAUAAGAAGAAAUUCAUAUGCUUUUUUGUAGUGUGAUGAUAAGGAAGGAGGCUUGGAGGAGAAAAAAAAAUGCAAACAAACAGACAACAAGACAAAUAAAUAUUCCCACUUGCCUCGCCCACACUCGAUCCUUCUUCAAAAUCCCAAUCCUCUGUUUCCAAAACCAAAAACCCAAAACCCAAAAUUCAUCUUUUUCAUCGCGGAGUUCAUAGAUUUUGAUAAGCUUGAGUAGAGAAAUGUCGAUAAGGAGUAUACUUCAGGACAUGAAGUUUUCCCGGUCGCAGCGGGUGGUCCAAGACUCGGCUGGCUCGGCCGAGUCGGUGGGUGAGUCACUGAAGCAGAGCUGCUGGGCUCAGAUGCCUCAGGAGCUGCUGAGGGAGGUGCUGGUGAGAAUCGAGGCCUCCGAGGCCGCUUGGCCGCCGCGGAAGAGCGUCGUCGCCUGCGCCGGUGUUUGCCGGAGCUGGAGGCACCUCACCAAGGAGAUCGUCAAGGCUCCUGAGCUCACUGGGAAGCUGACCUUCCCCAUCUCCGUCAAGCAGCCUGGUCCAAGGGAUGAUCUCCUGCAGUGCUUUAUAAAACGGAACCGUUCCAGCCAAACAUAUUACCUUUUCCUUGGUCUUACCCAUGCACUAACUGAUGAGGGAAAGUUCCUACUUGCUGCGCGCAAGUAUAAACGCGCCACCUGCACUGAUUAUAUUGUCUCACUACAUGCUGAUGAUAUGUCAAAGGGGAGUAGCAACUAUAUUGGGAAAUUGAGAUCAAACUUUUUGGGAACAAAGUUCACAAUCUUUGAUGGGCAGCCGACUCAUGCCGGAGCCAAGAUUACAAAAAGUCGCUCUACUAGGCCAGUAAAUUUGAAACAAGUUUCACCUAGGGUCCCUGCUGGAAACUAUCCAGUUGCUCACAUCCAGUAUGAACUAAAUAUGUUGGGUUCCAGAGUUUGUACAAGCAGGGGUCCAAGGAGAAUGCAGUGUACCAUGGAUGCCAUUCCAGCCACUUCAGUUGAACCUGGAGGAGUAGCCCCCACACAGGCAGAUUUUUCAUAUAGUAAUGCAGAAUUCCUUCCAUCCCUCCCAUUUUUCCGAUCAAAAUCAAACCAUGUGGAAAGAAUAUCAGGGCCUUUGGCCAGCCAGAAAAGUGGGGUGCUGGUGUUAAGAAAUAAGUCUCCCAGGUGGCAUGAGCAACUCCAGUGUUGGUGUUUGAACUUCCAUGGACGAGUAACAGUUGCUUCAGUGAAAAACUUUCAGUUGGUGGCUUCUCCAGAAAAUGGACCAGCUGGGCCAGAACAUGAGAAGAUCAUCCUCCAAUUUGGAAAAGUGGGGAAAGAUUUAUUUACAAUGGAUUACCGGUACCCAAUAUCAGCAUUCCAGGCAUUUUCAAUCUGCCUCAGCAGCUUUGACACCAAGAUCGCCUGUGAAUAAUGAUUUGGAAGCUGAAUCUUCCGGAAUCUGGAGCAGCUAGGUUUAAGGGUCAUUUUGUGGGUUGAAUUCAAUGGGACUGUUUGCUGAAGGUGAUUGCAGUGCUGGGCUUGUCAGGCGGGCUGGAUCAUGAUUUUGCCGAACUACGGAAGAAUUCUGGAAUAUAAAGUGGGAGAGCUUUGGUUCUUUGUCAUCCACCAUGUGUUGUAUAUUUUACUUGUUAAUGUACAUAGUAGUUAUUUUUAUAAAAACCCUCGUAUUGCUGAAAUUUAACGCCACAUUUAAUUUUAUUUUGGCGUUCAUUUUGUAUAUUUUACUAUGUCAAAUCAGCCAUUGAAGUUGUAGGUUUUUUUUUU